AUGUCCAAACAAAUCGUGUUCCGUCUUCAGAGUCGCACAGGUUAUCAAAGCAUUAAGCAAGUCGAGGAAGCCAUCCCAACAAUUGACAAGCAUGAAGUCCUCGUCAAGAUCCGCGCCGUCUCUCUCAACUAUCGUGACGUCGUAGUUGCCAACGGCGGCUAUCCCUUUCCCGUCAAGGAUCAGGUCGUUCCAUGCUCUGACUCCGCCGGAGAGGUUAUCGAGAUCGGCAGCUCUGUGGAAGGUUUCGCAAAAGGUGAUAGAGUUAUCGCCGUGUUUGACCCCACCAACCUCUUCGGACCCCAGAAGGAUUGGCACCACGGUCAUGGUGGCCCAGUGGACGGGGUGCUGCGCGAAUAUGUUGCUUUCCCUAGUAGUGCCCUGAUCAAGAUUUCCGGAGCGUCUGGCUUGAACUUCUCACAAAUGGCCGCCUUGGUCUGCACCGGUGUCACGGCCUGGAACGUUCUCUAUGGCAACCAACCAUUGAAACCUGGCCAUACUGUUCUUUUCCAAGGUACUGGCGGUGUCUCCAUCACUGGCCUCAUCCUUGCAAAGGCUGCUGGAGCCACAACUAUUAUCACUUCCUCAUCAGACGAGAAGCUUGAACUCGUCCAGAAGAAAUACGGAGCUGAUCAUACCGUGAACUACAAGAAGACGCCAGAUUGGGCAAGUGAGGUUAACAAGAUCACGGAAGGUCACGGCGUUGACUACAUUUUCGAGAAUGGAGGAUCAGGCACUAUCAAGCAGAGCAUCGAUUGCAUCGCUAUGGGAGGCAUCAUAUCUGUGGUCGGUUUCCUUUCCGCGGCCAAGCAAGAAGAUAUGCCUGAUGUAGCUGGACUUGCACUAUCUAAGGGAGCUGUCGUUAGGGGAAUUACCGUCGGUUCGAAGCAGUUGUUAGAAGAGCUGGUGCGGUUUGUGCUGAAGAAGAAGUUGUCUGUACCGGUUGAGAAAGAGUUUGGUUUCAGCGCCAAGGAUGUCCAGGCUGCAUUUGACUAUCUUGUUGGUGGAAGCCACAUUGGCAAGGUCUGCAUUGUCAUGGAAUAG